ACAGUUGCGCAUGCGCAACACCGAGUAGCUAACAUGGAAGACGUAAGCAAAAAAGAAAAACUUGCAGCUGGGAAAAGAAAGUUAAAUCAGUUCAGAAAAGCUAAAAAUAAAAGAAAUGACCAACGAAAUGGUGACUUAAAUGGAGAUAUAUUAAAUACUUCAGCAAAAGAAGACACCGUUAAGACUACUGUGAAAGAAGAGAAAAAACCUCUUAAAGAUGACAAUUUUCGACCAAAACCUGACAUUGUGGAUAAAACUCGCGUCGAAGACGUAGAGAAAACUGUUAAUAACAGUCUUUCGCACGUAAAUGGUGUUCUUCAGCAACAUUCCAAGUCUCCCCCCGUUCGCACGUCUUCUAGUCCAGUGUCGACGGCACAAAAUGGACAUUCAAAUACCCCUUCCAAAGAUGCCAUGGCUCUCAGGGAACAACUUCACGUUCACGUUCAAACAAUAGGCAUUCUUGUAGGAGAAAAAACAGAAUUACAAUCGGCAUUAAGCGGGGCUCAAAGAAAUGCCCAACAACGAUUAGAUGAAGCGACUGAAUUAUCAGGACGCUUAAAAGCGUCUAGGCAACGUGUGGCAGAUCUUGAACGAGAAGUUCAAACUGCUCAUAAUAGGCGACAACAAUUAGAAGAAAUGUCCAAAAAUCUAACUGAGGAUAUUAAACGUUUGAAAGUAGAUCUUUCUAAAUCAAUCCGUAAUAAAGAAGAGGCCCUGCAGCAAGUUAAUGAAUUUAGGCAAAGGUUGUCAGAGGCCGUAGGAAAUAAUGGGAAAUUAGAAGACAGUCUUAUGGAAUUGAGAACUCAAUUGGAAUUGACUCAGCUUAAAGCUGAACAUACAGAAAGUAAUGACGAGAUACACCAAAAAAUGGAUUGUCUAAUAGCAGAACGGUCGCAAUUACAACAUACAAUUGACCGGUUAACAGCAGAGCGUGAUAAUAUAAUCGAACAAUAUGAAAAUCGCCUCUCAAAUUCCACAAACCAAAUGAAUUCUGUUCAAGCACAACUUUCUGAAGCUACCGAAAGCUUACGAAAUACAUCAACAAAAUUAGAAGACGCCCACACGCAAGCCAAUCUAGCUAAUGAGGAAGUAGAAGUGCUUAAAAUGCAAAAUGCAAAACUAGCAUCAGCUAAUGAGCAUUUGUCUUUAAACAUUGCCCAAAAAGAGCAGCAAAUCCUGCAUUUAGAAUCUACAAUUAAAGAACUGGAACAAAAUUCCAGUUGCGCUUCUGCUGUUAGCGCUCAAUUAGAAAGUGAAAAGGUCGCUUUAAGCAGAGCUCUUGUUCAAAAUCGUGAACUGAAAGAGCAAUUAUCCGAACUGCAGAAUGGUUUUGUUAAAGUAAGUAAUGACAAUAUGGAAUUACUGACAAAAUACCAAACAGCUCAACACUCAUCCAACGAAUUAAGGAGUAAAUUAACUCAGAGCGAAGCUAAUAAUUUAUCUUAUGAAGAUCGUAUAAGACAUUGGCAAGCAAAGUCUAUUGAACUAGAAAAAGCUGAGAUGGAGUUGAACGAAUCUAUGAAGAGGAUAGAAGAGUUAUCGACAGAAAAUGAGCAUUUAAAAUCCAUGUGCAAUAACAGUACUGCCUCUGUUACUUCUGUUUCAUCUACAAAUGCGAUAGAUUCUGAUGAAUAUGAAGCUCUUUGUACAGCUAAACAUCAAGUUGAAGAACGUUUAGUAAGAUCGAUGAAAGAGCAAGCGGACAUAAGUACGCGAGCUGAAGAGCUAGAACAUCUUGUAAUGCAGCUGCAAGGUGAAACUGAUACGAUUGGAGAGUAUGUGACGCUAUACCAACAACAACGAGCCGUCUUGAAAGAGAGAGCAGUUGAGAGGGAACAAUAUGUCGUUAAAUUAUCUCAAGAACGUAGCGAGCUUCAAGAUAAACUCGCCGAAUUACAAGCUCUAGUUAUGCAGCUGUUAGGUGAAAAGAAGUUAUUAAACAGCUAUCAUACACAAAGAUCAUUGGAGAGUGAAAUAGCCAAGUCAGAAAUUGAAAACAGUAUCCCAGAAGAAGAAACUCCUCCCACUGCUAAGCGUAUAAUGCACUUAAUAACUGAUAUUGCUCAUACAUCAACUCCUUCCUCAUCAUCGGGAUACGUACAUUGUUCACAUUGUGUUGGAAAACUGAUCAAUGUUUAAUGUGGGUCACAUAUAAUCCUCUUUUUUUCCCAAACUCGGAUAACUUGACAGAAUAUUAAAAUUGGGGUCAGCUAUUUCACAAUUUCGAAUUUACUUUUUAUUUUAUGUCCUUUUCUCCUCUUUCGUUUCAAUUGUUCAAUGCUUUCAUCAUAUAAUAUUUGAAAGUUAUCUCUCAUAGUUGUUUGAUUUGGUAAUUUAUUAAUAACUUUAUUUAGCUCUUUAAAACUUAAGAUUAAUUUAAUUACGGUUGAUUUUAGUAUUAUUUAUAUUUUCAUCUGCUUAGUUAAGAUAUCCUUUAAAAAAGAAAAACAACCUAAAAACAUUGUACACAAGUUUCAGAAAAUUUUGGGUUUCGGUAAAAACAAAAAGACAACUUGGAAGAAAGUUUCAUAGAAUUUUGUUUAUUUAUCCCAUUAAUUUGGUUUACUGACUUUAUUUUUUAUUUAAAUGAACUUUUGACCCUGGAAGUGGACAAAUACAACUUUAUAUAUAAUGCCUAAAUAUAUUUACACAAAGUUGUGUUAUGCAUAUCAAUUAGUGUUAAAGCUAUUUAAUUUAAUGUGAAAGCGAAUGAAAAGGACGAUAGUUCGUUUAUUUUAAAUGAAAAACAAAAAAAAAACAACAGUACUUUUGUCUCCUUUCAUUCUAAAUUGAUGUUCUCCCUCCCUCACUUUUUAUUAUAGUUGAGAGUUACGUUAUCUGUUAUGAUAAUUUAAAAUCGUUUAAAACACUCCUGGUGUGGGCAGUUAAAAACUAUAAAAACCACUUGAACUACAAGUAAUGAAUUUGAACUUUUUAUGGGUUUUUUUCGGAUAUUUUUCUCAAAAAGAAAAAACAAACAAUAAUAAAUACGUUGUUUUAAAAAAUUGCAAUUAA